CUUUUUUGGAGGGGAGGGGGAGAGUCGUGUUCCCUAUGCAGUAAAGAUGCCGGGAUCGGUGAGCAAUGAGAACGAUGGGCAGGAGAUGGAUGUGGAGGAGGAAAUUCCAGAUGAAGAAGAUGACAGUUUGGAAGUGGAUCCUCCGCCACUCAGGGCUCUUGAGGGCUUCUUUACUCAACAAGACCCCCUCAAAACUAAGAGAAAGAAAAAACAUCAGAGGUUAAAAGAAGCAAAAAUGCUCAAAAUGAGGAAGAGACGAAAUGAGGGGGUAGAUAGUGAAGAUGAUAUGUCUGAGUGUGAUGAGGAACUGCUAGAGAAAUCAGACAGUGAAGGCAGUGAUUACAUUUCCAUUAAGAGAAAACGGAAGAAAUCAAAAGAGAAGAAGGAGAAGUUGUCCAAGCGCAGAAAGAAAGAGGAAGAUGAGGAUGAUGAUGACGAUUCAACAAUGCGGGAGCCCAAGUCAUCCAGCCAAUUGAUGGAGGAAUGGGGAUUAGAAGAUGUGGAGUAUCCCUUCUCUGCAGAAGAUUAUCGCACUUUGACUAACUACAAAGCUUUCAGCCAAUUUUUAAGACCUCUCAUUGCCAAGAAGAACCCCAAGAUACCAAUGUCUAAGAUGAUGACAGUUCUUGGAGCAAAAUGGCGAGAGUUUAGUGCAAACAACCCCUUCAAAGGUACUUCUGCAGCUGCAGCUGCUGCUGCAGUUGCUGCUGCUGUAGAAACGGUCUCAGUGGCAACUCCCAUCUCAGUCAGCUCCUUAACGCUGCCUGCUCAACCUGGACCAGUUAGGAAAGCUAAAACCAAGGAAGGCAAAGGUCCAGGUGCAAGAAAAAAAAGCAAAAAUGUAAAAGAAAGCAAAAAGAAAGGAAAAGGCAAGAAGCUUAGAAUGAAGCUGCCGUUUGGAGCCAAAAAGAAAAGAGAUUCUUCGAGUGAUGAAGAAGACUCUGAUUUCGAUAGUGCCAGCAUUCACAGUGCCUCCAUUCGAUCAGAUAUAUCUGUAGUCCAGAAAAAAAGUCAUAAAGGCAGAAAGAAGAAAAAAACUAAAGAAGGAGAUGGAUAUGAGACUGACCACCAGGAUUAUUGUGAAGUCUGCCAGCAAGGUGGUGAAAUCAUCCUCUGUGAUACCUGUCCACGGGCAUAUCAUUUGGUGUGCCUAGAUCCUGAACUGGACAAAGCACCUGAGGGCAAAUGGAGUUGCCCACACUGUGAAAAAGAAGGCAUUCAGUGGGAGCCUAAAGAGGAAGAGGAAGAAGAGGAAGGUGGAGAGGAAGAGGAUGAUGAUCAUAUGGAGUUCUGUCGAGUGUGUAAAGAUGGAGGCGAGCUGCUGUGCUGUGAUACUUGCCCAUCAUCUUACCACAUCCAUUGCUUGAAUCCUCCACUGCCAGAGAUACCUAAUGGGGAGUGGCUCUGCCCACGCUGCACAUGUCCACCACUGAAAGGCAAGGUACAGCGGAUCCUUCACUGGAAAUGGGUAGAGCCCUCCAUUUCACCAGAGAUGUCUCUGGACCAAGAAUGUGAGUCCUUUGAUCCAACAUCAAAACCACUACUGAAGGGACGACCUGAGAGGGAGUUGCUUGUUAAAUGGGCCGGCCUGUCUUACUGGCAUUGCUCCUGGGUCAAAGAACUGCAGCUGGAGCUCUAUCACACAGUAAUGUACCGAAACUACCAAAGGAAAAAUGACAUGGAUGAACCACCUCCAUUUGACUAUGGCUCAGGAGAAGAGGAUGUGAAGAGUGACAAGCGGAAAAGUAAGGACCCUACAUAUGCAAAAAUGGAAGAACAAUUCUUUCGUUAUGGCAUCAAACCUGAAUGGAUGAUAAUUCACCGGAUCGUGAACCAUAGCUUUGAUAAGAAAGGAGAUGUCCACUACCUGAUUAAAUGGAGAGAUCUUCCCUACGACCAGAGCACCUGGGAAGUUGAUGACUUUAAAAUACCUGAGUAUGAGAACUUCAAGCAGGCUUACUGGAAUCACAGAGAACUUAUGUUAGGGGAUGAGGACCGACCUGAGAGCAUAAACAAAGACGAGAAGCUGGAGAAGCCCCCAGAAACACCCACAGUGGAUCCCACAAUUAAGUUUGAUAAGCAACCCUGGUACAUCAACUCCACUGGAGGCACCCUACAUCCUUAUCAGCUUGAGGGGCUGAAUUGGUUACGCUUCUCUUGGGCCCAGGGUACCGAUACCAUCCUUGCAGAUGAAAUGGGUUUGGGAAAGACUGUACAGACCAUUGUAUUUCUUUACUCUCUCUACAAAGAGGGUCAUUCAAAGGGACCUUACCUUGUGAGUGCCCCACUGUCCACCAUUAUUAACUGGGAACGUGAAUUUGAGAUGUGGGCACCUGAUUUCUACGUAGUGACAUACACUGGAGACAAGGAUAGUCGUGCUGUAAUCCGAGAAAAUGAAUUCUCAUUUGACGAUAAUGCCAUCAAGACUGGACGAAAGGUUUUUCGCAUGAAGAAGGAAACUAAAAUAAAAUUCCAUGUUCUUCUGACAUCCUAUGAGCUGAUAACUAUUGAUCAGGCUAUCUUGGGAUCCAUUGACUGGGCCUGUUUAGUAGUGGAUGAGGCUCACCGCCUCAAAAACAACCAGUCCAAGUUCUUUCGUGUUUUGAGUGGAUAUAAAAUUUAUUACAAACUGCUGCUUACUGGUACACCGCUGCAGAACAACCUGGAAGAACUAUUCCACCUACUGAACUUCCUGACACCUGAGAGAUUCAACAAUCUUGAUGGCUUUCUGGAAGAAUUUGCGGACAUAUCAAAGGAGGAUCAGAUCAAAAAGCUGCAUGAUCUACUUGGACCACACAUGUUGCGGAGACUGAAGGCUGAUGUCUUCAAGAACAUGCCAGCCAAGACUGAGCUGAUAGUGCGUGUCGAACUCAGUCCCAUGCAAAAAAAGUAUUACAAGUUCAUUCUGACCCGAAACUUUGAGGCACUCAACUCCAAAGGAGGUGGAAAUCAGGUGUCACUACUGAAUAUUAUGAUGGAUCUGAAGAAGUGUUGUAAUCACCCUUAUCUUUUUCCUGUGGCUGCAGUGGAAGCUCCUGUGUUACCCAAUGGCUCAUAUGAUGGGAAUCUACUUGUUCGGUCUUCAGGAAAGCUUACCCUUUUGCAGAAAAUGCUGAAGAAACUUAAAGAUGAAGGUCAUAGGGUCCUUAUCUUUUCCCAGAUGACAAAGAUGCUUGAUCUUUUGGAGGACUUUCUUGAAUAUGAAGGAUACAAAUAUGAGAGAAUAGAUGGUGGUAUUACUGGGGGUCUGCGCCAGGAGGCUAUUGAUCGAUUCAAUGCUCCAGGAGCCCAGCAGUUCUGCUUCCUGUUGUCCACUCGUGCCGGAGGCCUGGGAAUUAACCUAGCAACGGCCGACACAGUCAUCAUCUAUGACUCGGAUUGGAACCCUCACAAUGACAUUCAAGCAUUCAGCCGUGCACACAGGAUUGGACAAAACAAGAAAGUGAUGAUCUAUCGGUUUGUGACUCGUGCCUCGGUGGAAGAGCGCAUCACACAGGUGGCCAAACGAAAGAUGAUGCUGACACAUCUAGUGGUGCGGCCUGGCCUGGGUUCCAAGACUGGCUCUAUGUCCAAGCAGGAACUGGAUGACAUUCUGAAGUUUGGGACAGAAGAGCUUUUCAAAGAUGAUGUAGAGGGUUCUCGGGCAAACGGGGACAGUAAGGAUGGUGAGGAGGGCAGCGUAAUCCACUAUGAUGACAACGCCAUCUCCAAACUGUUGGACCGCAGCCAGGAUGCCACUGAUGACACAGAGUUGCAGAAUAUGAAUGAGUAUCUGAGUUCUUUUAAAGUGGCACAGUACGUGGUGCGUGAGGAAGAUGGCGAGGAAGAGGUGCAACGGGAGAUUAUAAAGCAGGAGGAGAACGUUGACCCAGAUUACUGGGAAAAGCUGUUGCGGCAUCAUUAUGAGCAGCAGCAGGAGGACCUCGCUCGCAACCUCGGGAAAGGAAAGCGCAUUCGCAAGCAGGUCAACUAUAACGAUGCCUCACAAGAGGAUCAAGAAUGGCAGGAUGACCUCUCAGAAAAUCAAUCAGAGUACUCCAUUGGCUCGGAAGAUGAAGAUGAGGAUUUUGAAGAGCGGCCUGAAGGGGGACGCAGACAGUCACGAAGGCAACUGAAGAGUGACCGUGACAAACCAUUACCUCCUCUUUUGGCCCGUGUUGGGGGAAACAUAGAGGUACUUGGUUUCAAUGCUCGGCAAAGGAAGGCCUUCUUGAAUGCUAUCAUGAGGUGGGGGAUGCCUCCCCAGGAUGCCUUCAACUCCCACUGGUUGGUGAGAGACCUGCGUGGCAAGAGCGAGAAGGAGUUCAGAGCCUAUGUCUCACUCUUCAUGCGACAUCUCUGUGAACCUGGUGCCGACGGUGCGGAGACCUUUGCAGAUGGUGUUCCACGGGAAGGCUUGUCUCGGCAGCACGUAUUGACUCGCAUUGGAGUCAUGUCUCUUGUUCGUAAAAAGGUGCAGGAGUUUGAACAUAUCAAUGGGAAAUACAGCACCCCAGACCUCAUCCCGGAGGGUGCAGAAGUGAAGAAGCUUUUGGAGGGCCUUUCAUCAGACCCCAAUACCCCAGUGCCUGCGAGCCCUGCUGCUACCCAGCCAGGAACCCCCCUUUCAGCUGAAAAACCUGAAGGAAUGCUAGGACCAGCAGAGGACAAGGAGCAAGUAGAGCAGGAAGGAAAAAAGAUGCCAGAACAGGAGAUUCCCACAAGCAGCGAGUCGUCUCCUGGUACAGAGAAACCCAUGGAGACAGAAGAAAGUAAAGACAAUUUAAAGGAGGACUGCGUCACAGCAGAAAGUGAAAAGCAAGAGCCAGGAGCAGAGCAUCCAGAUGUCAAAGGGGAGACUGUCAAGGACAGUGAAAGGUAUACUGAGAGAUUAGAAGGUGACCAUGUGCAGAGCAGAAAUGUUGAGAAAGAACCAAGAGCAGAGGAGGAGGAGCCAGUGAAGGCCGAAGAGUCCCUUGAAAGUCUACAGAAUGGUGAGAAGGAGGUGAAAGAAGAUGACGACAUCAGGAAAGAUGAGAAGAAUGGCAAGAUCAAGUUCAUGUUUAACAUCGCGGAUGGUGGAUUUACAGAGCUGCACACAUUAUGGCAGAAUGAGGAACGCGCAGCCAUCUCUUCAGGGAAAAUAUACGAUAUCUGGCAUCGGCGACACGACUACUGGCUUCUAGCAGGGAUUGUCACGCAUGGGUAUGCCCGCUGGCAGGAUAUCCAGAAUGACCCUCGUUACACCAUUUUAAAUGAGCCGUUCAAGUCUGAGGUACACAAAGGCAACUAUCUGGAAAUGAAAAAUAAAUUUCUCGCUCGUAGGUUUAAGCUCCUAGAGCAAGCCCUGGUGAUUGAGGAGCAGCUAAGAAGAGCCGCCUACCUCAACAUGACACAGGAUCCCAGCCAUCCGGCAUUGGCACUCAAUGCCCGCUUCUCCGAGGUAGAAUGCUUGGCCGAAAGCCACCAGCACCUGUCUAAGGAAUCCCUGGCUGGGAACAAACCAGCCAAUGCAGUACUGCAUAAAGUUCUUAACCAGCUGGAGGAGCUUCUCAGUGACAUGAAGGCCGACGUGACUCGUUUGCCAUCCAUGCUGUCCCGGAUCCCACCCGUAGCAGCCCGUCUUCAGAUGUCUGAACGAAGUAUUCUGAGUCGCCUGACCAACCGUAGCAAUGAGCCAACCCCGCAGCCUUUCACUCAAGGGUCAUAUGGGUGCUCACAGAUGUAUGGCAACAGCUUUGGCCCCAAUUUCCAGAGCUCUGCUGCAGGUGGGAUUGUCAAUUACAGCCAGAUGCCUCUGGGCCCCUAUGUGGCAGCUUCUGCCAACGGGCCACCCCAGGCCCACUCGGAGAAGAAGCCCUGUGAGUUGGUAAAGGAGAGCAGCAUGGCUGAACGCAAAGGGGGAAAGGCCAGUGAUGUUAUUUGCAUUGAAGACUAGCUGCUAUUUGCCACCUUCAGAGCAUACAACACAACACUUUCUGAAGGAGUUUCCAUUGAUCUGUACAUUCGUAUUGCGCUUACUUUUCUCAGCUGUGCGACGGACUUAAGAACAGGUGUGUCCAACAGUCCCAAUGUUGCACUCCUCUCGUUUCUAGGUUCCAUGGUGGUGACAUUCAGGAGUUUGACGAACGGCAGGGCUGUUUCGUAGUUUGGGUUCCAGCGUGCAGACAAUGAACACUGUCAAGCCUUCCCAGGGGGCCUCAGUUCCAGUUUGGAAAGGCUCAGAGACCAUCAGAGAUCCUGCCCAGUCUGCAGCUACCAACAUUCCUCUUUUCCCUGAACCCCAUGAGCGCUAGCAGUUUAAGGUGUUUUGUCACUGUCGGUUGAAGCUGCUGCAGAUCUGCCAGAUUCACCUUGUUUGUCUCGAGCUCCGCUUCUCUGUCUUAAUACCCAGGGGUCAGGGUGGCCUGUGCCCAGAUUGUAAAUGCUCCUUCUGCACGCUCCCGGCCAGAAGGAAUCAUCUCUCAUAUAAUUUCCCGGCCAUCCUGAGUUCUCCACACUCCUCCUGGGUCAGGCCGUCAAAUGAGCCACACGUCUAGUGAAUGAAGAUCUUGGUUGGUGAACUUCUCAGGCCUACAGAAGGCAGAAGCAACACCAUCUGUAUCUGUACACCUCUCAUUUUGUCCACGUGCACAAGAAGACCCACCUGCUAGGACCGCAUGAUCCCAUGUGGUGAGCUUUGGAGACACGGACUGCAAAUGACUGCCAAAGCACUUUAACAGCGAGCCAGAGUGUGAGAAGGGAAAUAUUUCCAGAGGGUCCAGAAGGUGGCACUGCCUACCUUCAGCACUUACCUUCUCUGGUGUUACUUGUAGUAAAUGCCAGCAAGGCAAAUGAAAACAAUCACUCCUGAAAGUCACUUGAAUGUAAUGCUGCCGGGUGAGAAGCCCUUCUGCAAUCCAGAGGUUUUUAAAGAUCCAUAAAAUCCUUGAGAGAUAUUUCUGAUGUGUGGAUAGUACGUGUUUUAUAUGAAGGCAACAAGAUUUGUUGAAAUAAACUAAAGUGACCAGUGUUUGGAGAAAAAAAAAAAAGAGCUUUUCUUAAAAAGAGACACAGAAGAUACAUGGUCAUGCUUUUACUUUCUACUCUGCGUGUUUGUUUGAAUGUGUUUUAAUAAAUCCUUUCAGAAUGUAGCUGGUUUGGGGUC